AUGGAGGCGAGUUCACUGGAAGUGCCACCUGGUGUGCGAAACGAGUACACGUCGCCCUUCAAAACUCUUCUCGGAGCGAUGUUCAAGAAGGAGGUCCUUGAUCAGAUAUCGACAAUGUUCGAUGCAUUCGGUGAUGGAAAGCUUGCAGAGAAAGGUGAACGUUUGAAGGCAAUUCUACCAAAAAUGGUAGAUCUUCAGUGGGUGGACAAUAUGUCUGAAGAAUUUGGUAAGUAUAUUUGGUGUUUUUAG